UUGAGGCUCCGUAUCAAGCAGUCUUUACCGGGGCGUCUAGAUUGGGUCACUCGACCGACCAGCAACGAUCAACGCACAUAUCAACCAUUGUUCUGCACAUUGCCGGCUAGAGAGAAGCAACAAGAUGGUACUGUCGGUACUGAUGGUCCAGACGUUGACCACCCUGCUGGAACCUCCGCCUGCGAUAGGCGGUACCAAAGGUCUUUCGCCGACGGGGCAACCACAUCAACCUCAGGCCAACAUAGCGGUGUUUAUGUUUCUGUUUAUGCUGUGUGCCGCCGAGGUCGUGUUUAUUAAGCUACUCGCCCUAACGUCCUUCGGGAGUGGUGAUGUACUGACAGCCACUACGGCGACCGCUGCCAACGGUAACGCCACCAGCUCUACCGCGACCCAAACUACGAGUACGAACGGCGAUCAACCCACAGUAGCAGAGCAAUCUUCAUCUUCGACGGGUCAAGAGUGAAGAAAUGUUUCGUUCGGUUUUUUUUCUACAAAUAAAUGUGAUCACCUUGGAGGAUGCUAUCCUUGAGAUGAGAGCGGCCGAGGGAAAUUUGGUCUAUGUGAACGUGAAACUUUACUCCUCGUAUUGGGGCCACAAUUUUUCACAGUGCUGUUGUGUGGCGAAGCAUAGCGUAAACUGUGAUGGAAUAGAAGUGUGAAGGACGUGUGUCGAAAGCAAGCAUUAAUGAUUUGUUGUUAUACUAGAUCGUGGAACAAAGGUGUGAUUUGGAUUGUGAGGUAUUUAUGUAACGAUUGAAAAUUAAUUUAGAUAUGCAGAACAUUAAUUAAAAUAUAAUCAUGUCGAUUUAAAUUUAGUUUAAAAUCAAAUUUGAAUUAGCUUGAAAUUUUUGGCCCAGAAAGGCUAAUCACAAAUUAUACAGCGAACAGUCCUAUUCAUACUGCACACACUGUGAUUGUGUUAUCAUUACGAGCAGGCCACAGUCAGCCCGUGCACUACGGUCGCGAAGGCAGACAGCAAUCAUGUGCAUUUGCGGUUGGUUUAUUUCAUUUAAGAACAUCGUCCGGAAUUGAACCAGGUUACGUUACGCUCGUCAUCACAAUGGACCGCUUAAUCUAUCGCUUCUACCAUUCCAGAGUAAAAUGUACAAAACAGGUUGGAUAGGGAAAUGGAACCGGUUACGCAAUGAUGUUUAGUAAGCCACUGCAUUUAGUCGUAUUGCGCGCGAUGUUAUUGAAAAUACGCGGGAUGUUAAAUGAGAAAAUAAAAGCGGUUGCAAUAGUGCAGUAGAUAUGGUAGUAUAGACGAUUAGUUAAUAAAAUGUGCCCAAAGUGAUAACAAAUGUUUGUUGCCGUGUUGAUUGUGCUGUGAGCGAACACGCAACACGGAAUCCAUCGAAACCCGCUGUGAGAGAGUACGUGUUUGGGUAAAAGCCUUGGAGACGAAUUAACCUUGAGGUGUAUUUAAAAUAGUACGCUCUACUCUUUGCAUCAGUAGACACUUAAAGUACGGCAGAAAGAAAAUUCACUAACGAACAAAAUCAAUUGCAACCAGUUUUACGGCAAACGGUGACAAAAACGGUGAUGCAUUUGUUCGAGACUGCGUAAUAGCGAAGUGUUAUUGUUAAGUGUUUGAAGAUUGAUAUGAAAAUCGAAUGAAAAUAAAGUUUCUCUGUUGAACAAAUUUGGAUGUGUGGUUGUGUAA